AGAAUUAUUGCUACGAACUUCUAAAGAUCGGAGUCGUGAGAGGGAUAAGAGGAAGGAGAUCGAAAGAAGAUUUCAGAAUAUAUAUAAAAAAUUGGUUUAAGGUACUUAUAUGUUGGCCUAUACUAAAUUUCAUUAAAAAUGAUGCUAGCUAUUGAUCCCAUGCAAAAACUUUCGUUCAAACGCCAGAUUAGUAAUGGAGAUUUAGUUAUUGUUUAUGAGAGACACGAUAUAAUGAAGCCGGUUAAAGUAUGUGAAGGGUCUGAACUUCAAAAUCGGUUUGGCGUGUUUAAGCAUUCGGAUUGGAUUGGAAGGCCAUUUGGGUCCAAAGUUUUAAGCAGCAAAGGUGGAUUCGUGUACUUGUUAGCUCCAACUCCCGAAUUGUGGACUCUGGCUUUAAGUCAUCGGACGCAGAUUCUGUAUAUCGCGGAUAUUACUUUUGUAGUAUCAUAUUUGGAAGUUAUUCCUGGCUGUUUGGUUCUUGAGUCUGGUACUGGAAGCGGCUCUUUGACUACCUCACUUGCAAGGGCUGUUGCUCCAACUGGUCAUGUUUACACUUUUGACUUUCACGAACAAAGGGCUACUCAAGCUAGGGAAGAUUUUGAGAAAACUGGCGUGAGUAGUUUAAUAACUGUUGGAGUUAGAGAUAUUCAAGGCGAGGGAUUUCCUGAUGAGUUUUGUGGACGAGCUGAUUCAGUCUUCCUGGAUCUGCCCCAACCUUGGCUGGUCAUACAUUCUGCAGGAAAAAUGUUGAAGCAAGAUGGGGUUUUGUGCUCCUUCUCUCCUUGCAUUGAGCAAGUUCAGCGUUCAUGCGAGACCCUUACGACAAGUUUUACUGAUAUUAGAACAUUUGAAAUCUUACUUCGAACUUAUGAAGUUCGAGAAGUUAAUUUAGAACAUGGUGGAGUUGAUGAUAUUGGUUCUCCUGGGCCGUCUCUACCAUGCAAGAGGAGGCAACGUUCACGCGGAAGUACCAAUGGGGUAGAAAAAUCCGGUUCCUCUGUACCAAUGGCUAACCCAUGUGGGGAAUCUAGGGGUUACACUGGUUAUUUAACCUUUGCAAGAUUGAAAUGUGUUUAAUCUCGCUCUUACUCAAAAGGAAAAAAAAAAAAUUAAUUUAGUAAAUUGGUUGUAAUUUGUGUAACCUAUUUUUUUCAAUUGAUAGACUAUACAUUUUAUAAUGUGCUCUUUUUUUCCUUUAAA